AUGACGACCACCACCGUAAAGCCGUCGCGUCCCGACCUCGACGCCAUCAAGUCUCAGCUCUCCGCGCCAACAUGCGCCCCCGCUACCGUCACCGCGCUACAGCAAUUACUUGGAGCUGCUGGCAAGCCGACAGCAGCGAACGAUAAGGAAAACGACAAACCAAAGACUGGCAGGACUGCUGCGGCCACCUCCACAACCAAAACCAAGACCGCGACCAAGGCGCGUACAAAGUCCAAAGCAACAUCCGCAGUGGAAGUAGUGGAGGAUGUGAACCAUGCCCUUUUACCCCGUGAGAAGUUUACGCUCGCAACAACAGUCGUCAAUUCGUCUCUAAAAGCACUCAGCGACGCUCUCAAACCACAACCGAAAUCGCAUGCGCGCGUGGCGUCAACCGUAUCCAAACAGCCCGAACAUUCGACCACAAACUCUGCUUCACAAUCUCGCCCAGCGCCCUCACGAACCGUCAGUCAACUAUCGAAUGUAUCCACGAAGCCGCUUCAACGGAGAUCCUCUUCACUUUCUAUCACGAAAUCCGGAGUUCCGUCUGGCAUCACAUCUCUAGCAGAAUGCGCCCGGCUUGCUUUCGCAUAUCUGAGGACACCUGAAGCAUGGAAGGCAGCGGGGAAGGACUUACCACCAUUGCAGGUGGAAAAUGGAAUGCUGUCUCUGGUCGGCAAGAUGCUGGGACACGGGUUGGAUGCGUUGGCGGCUAAGGAGUUGCGUCUGCUCAAGAGAAGGCUCGAAAUCUACAUGGAUACCAAAAAUGGGGACUCGGGCACCCUUGCAAAGGUCGCUGGAGGGAAUAAGGCCACGGAGAGUGCGGCAGAAAAAGACACGAUGGCAGGCCUGCUGCACUUCAGCGGUAUAGACCUGCAAAGUUCGGCCCUCCACCUCGUCCUUAACCACCAAAUCUACGUAUUGAGGAUCAUCGCCAACAGCAAGAGAGCUAGUACCAUCGAGGCAGCCAACUGCUUCCUUCAAACCCCAACCCCAUCAUCGCCGGUCAACAUACUUUUACAUCUCUCCGAAAGGCCAGGAUACAAAGACAAAGCCGCCCGUCAACUAGAAAGUGUCGCCCAAGUGCUCCUAUCGUUAUGUCCAAGCAUUUCAACCUCCGAGGACUCCGUCGCAUGUAACCCGAAAUUCCAUGCAACACCCGAAAUCAUUUUCCAACUACAAUCGCUAGCGUUCGAGGCCCGAUCAAAAUGGUGGAAACUCUCUGGUCACGAGGGUGAUCCUGCGAAAGAACUUCUGGAGCCAUUUUUAAAGUGCUUGGCCGCUUUUGCCCGUCGAUCGACGGCAGAGCCGAGUGAGAAAUACGCCAUGGCUGUCGGAUGGUACAGAGCUCUUGAGGAAUUUGUUCGGCUCUGGCCAACGACCAAGCGAGCGCCGUGUUCCUCUAACGUAGAAUCGAAUAUCCAUAGGGUGUUGAGUUCGCUUGCACAAUCUGCUACUUUGGGAGAUGAAGCUUUGCAGUGGAUGCAAAAUAAAGCCUCAUCUACAGACAACUCCCGGGUUUCAGGGGCAGCCUCGGCGACUUCCCAAGUCAGAAUUGCGGCCUUGCACCUCGACAACACACCAGCCGGAAAGGACGAGGAAAAAUUGACCGUGAGCCUUGACAACGCGCUCCAAAGCCUAGCCGGAAACUUGAGUGGAGAUUCCGCGGACCUUGACACGUUGUUAGCCGAAGUUUCGGGCCUUAGAAGAGCAGCGACCAGGGCUUUCCUAGAUGCAUCAAAUUCGAGUUCAGACCAAGUAGAGCGCGAAAAUGAUAUUCAGGACAAAUGCGUCUUAGUAAUUGCUGCUUGUACGCAUUUCCUCGCCCGGUACAUAGGUACAAGCCCUGGAGAAGACUCGGAUCCCAAAGCUUCUCUUCGGCACGGAGAACGACUCGCUAUCGCCUCGCGAGUAAUCAAGGGGUUCAUCGAUUCCGCCAUGGCAUGCUGUAGAUCACUCAUCAUUUCCAACAAGAUAAACUGGGAGUUCCUAGAUGGUUUGCUCCAAGAUUGUUGCUACAGUCUUCGCCAGCUUGAGCCGUACUACAAGGGCGAUGCCCGGUCAUUUCAGCAGGCGAAGGCAGGCCUCCAGCAUCCAUUUGUCAAGAUCUCUGGUCUUUAUUGGCUCUAUUAUUCACAGCUGAAAAAGUUGGGAACCAAGGGAGAAAGUCUGUUACGACCGUUAAGAAGAUCUAUUGAGUCACUUGCAGAUCGGAGCGAGGAAGAGAAGAUCGCGGGCCUUUAUGCUACCAAGGUUGAAAAGAUGGCAGAGAUGUUUCAAGCAACGGGAACAUGGGAGAGCGCUGCAGAAACGUACAUGGACGUCCUACGGACCCACAUAAACGACGGCAAACUGCCAGGAGCUGCUGAACGAGCGUCCACUAGCUCACUGACUCAAAUUCGCCAGGAUAACGCGGAUUUGGUAACUCUUUCGAAGACACUGGCAUCUUUUCACAACGUACUGCUGCGGGACAGCCACGAAAAAUCCGGGCAAUCUCUGUUUUACGACGACGAAGCAUUACCCCACAGCGAGAGGUCAUUGCUUUUGGAAUUGCAACUCGACAUCUUUCUUGUAACAGCCACAAAAUUGCGCCUCCGAGAUGCCGCUUUUGAGCGUGGAUUGGAAAACCUCGUCAUGUUAUUGUUCCAAUUAUAUGGAGCUUCCGAUUACCCACUCCGUCGGCAGCGCGUUGCCACGAACGUGUUGCGUCUUGCUGUGGAACUCAAAGGCCAAAUGUUAUUUCCCGAUACUUUGGUCGCGGAAGCCAUUGAUUGCACGGUAGAAGUCGAAACAUCUCUUGGUUUAGAUGCUGGAUUAUCCAAUUAUCAGGAGUAUUACGCAGCAUCGCACAAAAUGGGCGUGGCCUUCCUAGAAGCAAUCCCUUCGGCAGACAAGCUUCAGUCCGCGUUGGCAUCCUGGCAACGCAUCCUGAACGCUACAGACUCUUGGGCUGCGCUUCUCAUGCGUAUUGACAGUUUUGACAAUUGGAUCUGGCAACUCCAAAUGACUUCUGAUUUCUUCGGCAUGCAGGGUUUGGAUUUCUUACGGGUGCCAACCUUGUCAACAACGGCCAAAGCCUUGGAACUGCAGAAGCCUCUCAAAGUUGAUUUGCUUGUACGAACUGUCACUAGUCUUGGCUUGCAAUACCUCCACUUGGGUUAUUCUGGUAAGGCGGGUGUUGCAUUUGCCAAGGUCCAAAAUUUGCUCGGAGAAGACGACGUCUCUACCGAGGCGGAUCUACAAUGGCAUCUUGCCUAUGCGGAGUAUAUGCUCGUCAUAAACAACCACCAAAAAUGUGGUGAAACCCUCACAGCAGCACAUAACAUAGCAGCCAACGAUUCUCAAAUCCUUGCAAUGGCAAGAUCUUCUUCCCUUGGAACACGUAUUCGAUACAGUAAAAUACUUUCGGAUGCGUCUUAUGUUUAUGCGCUAUACUCUGUGCAGGCGGGAUACCCGCACGAGGCUCUGUCUCACGCUAAAAAUUGCGCGUCCCUAAACAGGAUGAUUUGGACAGCCUUAGAGAACAGAGACAGGAAAAGAGCCGAAAACGGAGGUGCCGGCAGUGGAGCUGUGCAGCCAACGCCUGUGAUUAUGACAAUCACCCACGACGCAUUAACUGGUGCUUCGCUCUGGCCUCACGUACCGUCCAUCUUCCGCGGAUUGUCUCUGAUAGCACGCCUCUACGCUCACCAAGGCAUGGUACAAGAGGCGAAUUUCUAUCUUGACCAAGCCUCCAAAGUUUCAGAAGCUGUGAAGGCUGGCGCAUUCGUCGUUCAUAAUGUUAACGAAGUGGUCCGGUAUCAUCUGCAAGGCGAGAGGCUGGAACAAGCAUCUGAGGCUUUGAGCCUGGCAGAUCCUUACGUAAAGCAACUUCACAAUAGUCCGGAGCUGGCGCGUUAUCACGCUAUACGUGGACAGCUUGAACAAGAACUAAACGAACAGGAUGACGCUUGCCAAUGGUUUGAUCAAGCACAGUCCGUAAUAAGCGGUCUUAUCGAUCCUGUGUUCAUUCAGCAGAUGGAUAAGGUAAACCGAGAAGAGGAGGAACUUUCCAACAAGAUGUCUCAAGUCAAGCUUGAGGAUUCUACUUCCCGGACUCGCAAGGCACCAGCUAAGAAGGCCGCGACGGCCAAAAAGUCAACGGCUAAGCCGGCGACGAACUCCACAGCGCGAAAAACAGCCGGAGCCAAAUCCUCGCUCACUGGGUCUACAUCUGCUACGGAGUGUCCGCCGCUUGAAAGUAUCCAAGGCGAUAUCUUGUGCUACAAGGCCAACUUGUUGCUUUCAAAGGAAAAACUCUCAGAAGCCAUGGAACUGAUCACCCAAGCUGAAGGAUUAAAACUUGCGCAAAACUCGGUUAUCCAGCACCAGUCGACUCGCUUCAGAGGGUUGAUGUCGGAGGCUAUGAGAGAGAUCGCAGCCGACUUCACAUUCAAUGCUCUGCCAGAGUCAACUAUCUCCUUCCCUUCGCUGUCACGAGGCGAUCGCAGGCAAUCAGAGCAAUCACAGGCAAGGCCCUCGUAUCUCUCCGUGGAACAAAGCACGCCGACUGUGCCGCCCCCUGCACGGAAAGCCGGUAGAGGAAGGAAGGCGGCCAAGGAGGAUUUUGCGGCCAUUCUUCAGAAAGCUCGCGAUUGCAUUGCCGAGGUUCAGAAUCAGGUCAUGCAUACUUCCUCCACAUCCGUGGUGCGGCGUGUGUGCAGCAUGCUCAACGAGGUCACAAUUCUGCUCUCAGCCACGAGUGGGAAGGCCGCGAAAGGAAGCCUACACCCCUUGUAUGCUGCCUACCUGACAGAGCUACCGAAGGCGGCUGCCUCCCAGCUCGAGCAACUGGCCAUUUUAAUCGAUCAACAACCAAAUCGAGACCAGCUGCUACAAUGGCCGGCACUACCAGAGGACAACCAAAAGAUCGCCCACCUUACUCCUAUCGACUUUCAAACCGAAUACGUCAACAUCAUCCCUUCGAAUUGGGCAGCAGUGUCUCUGUCUCUUAAUGAAGCACGCGAUGAGCUUUAUAUCACUCGCUACAUCGCCCAUCAAUCGCCUUUCAUUCUCCGUUUGCCUCUGUCUCGUCACAAUGCCCGCGACAUGGACGAAGAGAUCUUCGGUUUUGAAGAGGGCAAGAGUGAGCUGAAGGAAAUUAUUGAUUUGUCCACUUUCGGUAUCAGCAAGCCGCUCGAUUUGACCCAAAAGGGCGCCAAAACAGGCUGGUGGGCUGAGCGUGAGGCGUUGGACUCUAGGCUUGGUGAUCUUCUGGUCAACAUUGAGAGUAUCUGGCUUGGUGGCUUCCGUGGCAUUUUUGCCGAGAAGAAGGGAGACAAGGCACUGCUAGCAAGAUUCCAAACAAGCUUCCAGAACAUUCUGGACAGGCAUCUUCCUAGUCGGCAAGGCAAGAGCAAACAGGUGAAGGUGCCCCAACUGGACUCGAGGAUUCUAGAGCUGUUUGUGGGGCUCGGAAACCCUGACGACGGAGACGCGGAUCUAGACGAGCCGCUCAUGGACCUGGUCUACUUUGUGGUGGAUAUACUGCAAUUUAAUGGGGAGAAGAACGCCUAUGAUGAGAUCGACUUCGACUCGAUUAUCAUCGAGAUGCUCGACGCUCUGAGGGCGUAUCACAAUGCGGUCGAUCCCGCGUCCACGAAGCCCCAGCACACCAUCCUUAUCCUUGACAAGUAUCUUCACUCCUUCCCUUGGGAGUCUCUCCCCUCGCUGCAGUCGCUGUCCAUCUCCCGGCUGCCCUCCAUGUCCGCUCUUCGCGAACGUCUCAUCGCAGCACGGCAAUCAGCUCACUCUCCACCUAACGACGACGAAGAAGAUUUGGAAGGGCGGGAAGGCGGCCACUACAUCCCGCGCUCAUCGCUGCGUGGCACCAGCAUCCUCAACCCAGCUGGCGACUUGACUCAUUCGCAGGAGUUCAUAUCGCCGCACCUGGAAAGCAUGGCCGGGACAUGGGACAACAAGGUCAACCUCACGCCCGAAGAAAAAUACCUCGAGGCCGCACUGGCCAACAACGACGUGUUCCUGUACUUUGGCCACGGCAGCGGCUCGCAGUACAUCCGGGGCCGGACGGUCAAGAAGCUGUACCGGCAAACACACGGGCCGAGCAGCAGCGACCAGACGUCAACAAGCACCACGUCCUCCUCCUCCGCCGCCGCCGCCGCCGCCGACAGCAGCGAACCCAGCACCCCUCCACCCCGCAACCUGGCCACCAGCCUCCUCUUCGGCUGCAGCUCGGCCCAUAUCACCGAGAACGGCGCCUUCGAACCCUCGGGCAUGCUGUACAGCUACAUCACGGCAGGGGUCCCGGCCGUGCUGGGCAUGCUGUGGGACGUGACGGACCGGGACUGCGACAAGUUUGCGGUCAAGACGCUGCAGACGUGGGGAUUGUUUUCUGGCUCUUCUUCCCCGUCUACCUCCUCGUCGUCUCUGGACAAUGACAAUAGCGCCAAUGCUGCUGCUGCUGGUAGCAGCAAGGACAGGAAGGGCAGGUCGCGCACCCCGGCGCGGAAUAGGUCGGCGUCGGGGAAGGCGCGCGCGAGGAGCGUCGUCAGUGCUUCUAGGGGCAGGAGCGCGGCGGGGAGGGCCGGGUCGGCGUCUGGGCCCGUGAGUUUGGAUGAGGCGGUUGCGAGGAGCAGGGACGCGUGCUACUUGCGCUAUUUGAAUGGGGCCGCGGCCGUCGUGUAUGGCAUUCCGGUGUUUUUGGAGUAG